GCAGCUGCAGCAUCCGCAGUGGGACCUGUGCCCGCCCGCACCGGUACCAGCUGCAGCACCACCACCACCGCCAGCAGCUGCAACAGCAUCAGCGGCAGCAUCGCCAGCAGCUCCUGUGCCCGCCCGCCCCGCACCGGCGUGACCUUUAUAGCCCGCACCCGCAGCGGCCCUUGUCGCGCCCGCCCGCCCCAGUGCGGGGCCCCAGCGCCGAACUGAAAUACUACAGAUAGAAGAGGAACCAAGAGGAUUAACACCAUGAAGUUACUCAUCUUCCUCACAGUAACUCUGGGCACACUUGUCACGGGACUGGAGUCUGUUUACAGCAAGAGGCACUACAAGCAUCCAUACAAACACAAAUCAGAUCACAAGGAAUGCCACUGUUUGAAUGGAGGAACCUGCAUCAGCUAUUACCUCUUUAGCAGAAUUAAUCGUUGCGUGUGCCCAGAAGGAUACACUGGGAUUCACUGUGAGCUAGACACUGAGAGCACGUGCUACACUGAGAAUGGAGAGAACUACAGGGGAAUGGCAACAGAAGAUGAAUGUCUGCCAUGGGACCUUCCCUCAGUAGUCAGGAGGACUGCCUACCAUGCCCUUGUGCCGAAUGCUUUGCACCUUGGACUAGGCAAGCACAGCUACUGCAGAAACCCAAAUGGAAGGAACAGGCCCUGGUGUUAUACCAAAAAGGGAUUCGCCAUUCAAGAAACACCCUGCAACAUAGAGAAGUGUGGUAAUGCAUGCGGCCAAAGGAGCAUCAGCAAGUACUUCAAGGUUGUAGGAGGAAGCCAGGCAGAGGUUGAGUCUCAGCCUUGGGUAGCUGGCAUCUUUCAGACUAUAAGGGGCACAGACCACUUCCUGUGCGGCGGCAGCCUCAUUGACCCCUGCUGGGUACUUACAGCAGCUCACUGCUUCAGUACUCCGUCAAAAAGACCUCCAAACAAAUUCAUGUACAAAGUCUUCCUUGGAAAGUCCAUACUGAAUGUUACUGAUGAUAAUGAACAAGCAUUCAUGGUCGAUGAUAUAAUCUUGCACCCUGACUUUACAGAUGACACGGGUGGCAAUGAGAAUGACAUUGCCUUGCUAAGGAUAAGGACAGCUUCUGGACAGUGUGCAGUUGAAUCAAGAUAUGUCAGGACAGUCUGCUUGCCAGAGAGGAACCUUAACUUAGAAGACAACACCCGGUGUGAGAUAGCUGGUUAUGGCAAACAAGACUUUUAUGACAUAUUCUAUGCUCAAAGACUGAUGUCAGCCACUGUAAACCUAAUGUCACAGAAAAAAUGCAAAUAUGAAUACUAUGACAGUAUCAGAAUUACUGACAACAUGGUCUGUGCUGGAGACCCCACGUGGAUGACUGAUGCAUGCAAGGGUGAUUCUGGUGGCCCCAUGGUCUGUGAGCACAAUGGCAGGAUGACGCUUUAUGGGAUUGUCAGCUGGGGAGAUGGCUGUGCAAAAGAAAACAAGCCUGGCGUUUACACCAGAGUUACUCGGUACCUUAACUGGAUUGACUACGUUAUGAAUGGGGUCAUGGCCAAGAGUCGUUUUCUCCCUGAGCCAAAGUGACUUUUCUUUUUUUGACAUCUGGAUUCAAAACAGGGUUUAAGCCUAGGCUGAUGCCAGGACACUGAAGUCCUGAAUAUCAUGAGGCAUUCCUUUCAAAUGCCCAUGUGGUCAGCCACUCAUGUCGGUGUUCCUGAGGCAGAGAGGCAGUUACUGUAUUAUCUUAGUACUCUGAAUUACCUGAAAACCACUUCAUGGGAAGCUAAAAUAUUUAACAUUUAAAUGAGCAUUCCCAUGCAUGACACUAGGCAUAUCAAGUUAUCUGUCCACUUUAUUUAUGAACCAGCAUUUGGUCUGGAAUUAUUAGUAAAGUUUUAACUUAUUUAACUCAAGUAUUCAUUUUAUACAUGGCCUGAAACUGAAAUCUUUCCUCAUCACACGGAACAACGCUAAGAUUCAAAUCUGAGAAACUGAACCUGUUAAGAGUAGUCCUGAGAGGGUGAUUGGGCUCUGCAUCGCAAAGUGAAAGAAAAUGCAUCAGCAUUGUCCCUGCUUCUUGAAGAAGGACUGAAGUCUGCUUAGACUGUGACAGUGCUUGGUGUGCAGGGUUCAUUGCUACAGGCAGUAAAAUCUUAAGGAUGGUACCUGUAGCUGGGUCAGCAGUACAAACUCUUAAUGCAUUCCAUUUAAGAACUGUGCAGCAAGGAGGCAAAUUUGAAACCUGAUGGAGUACUAGGACACAUCUAAAGAUGUCUGGGUCCCUUAAAGUCUGAUUGUGCAGCCUCUCUACAUGUACCUGCGUACCCAGCAGAGGACGUAAGGACUUGGAACCCAGUGAAUGCUGCACUUGUCCAAAGUCAUAACUUAAUUUCCAUUCAUGUAAUUAUACUAUGUGGAAACUACUUCAUUUGUCCUAAGACUUAUGCUGGUUUUAUUUUUAAACUUGUCUUUAUUUUAUAUAUUUGAAUUAUUUGUAUGAGGGCUGGAACCUCGGGCUUUAUUUAAUUAUUUUUACUGUGUUUUAACUUAUUGUUUGUAUUAUGGAUAUUAAAAUAUCAUUAAAAAUC